CGUCAUGGAUACUCCAAGGGCUGCUGUGAAGUUGAGUGAUAUUUCACCGAAAUUCACCGAGGAAACGCUGGACGAGAUUGUCCGCAAUGCUGGCGGUAAGCGGUGUAUUGGCUGGAAGAUUCCCGAAACGAAUUUUGCCAAGGGUGAUGCGUAUUUGAGCGAGCUGUACCGCAUUCAACUGACCGGUGAAGCGAACGAGCCGAACCAGGAACCGUUGGUGGUAAAUGUGGUCGUGAAGACGAUUCCGAAGAACGUUGGACGUCGCAAUACGUUCCGAUCGUCGGAUUUUUUCCGCAAUGAGGCCAACUUUUACAACGUGGUACUGAAGGAGCUGUACCGCUUUCAGGAUUCGCGCAAACCGGCCAACCCGUUUAAAGACAUCGAUAGAUGUUUUGUGGCGUACACGGAUGGUGUGAACGAUUUCAUCGCAAUGGACGACCUUGGCCAGUACGGCUACAAGACCGCUUCAAGGGCCACGGGUGUUGGACUGGAGGAGUGCCAGCGGUGUAUGCGAUCUCUUGGCCGCUUUCAUGCCUUGUCGCUAGCGAUGAAGGAACAGGAACCGGACCGCUUUCACGAAAUCGCACAUCAGCACGUGGAGGAAACGUACUACGAUGCCCGGCUGAAAUGGUGGUACAACAACUUCCUUCAGGUGCAGCUCGGCAUUGCACGGGACGCGAUGGCACACGAAUAUCCCGGCACGGAGCUGGAGCGCAAGAUGGAGAAAUUUUUCGAUUGCGAUCUGUACGACCACAUGGUCUACCUGACGCACGCCCGCAACCAAAAUUCGGUCAUCAAUCACGGUGACUGCUGGAUGCCGAACUUUAUGUUUCACGACAGUACGCCGGCGAUGCGCAUGAUCGAUUUUCAGCUGGCCCGGUACAGUUCGCCCGUGCUGGACAUUUCCUUCUUUGUGUACUCGUGCACCAGCCAGGAGUUGCGCGAGGCUCACUAUCAGGAGCUGCUCGAUGCGUACUAUGGUGGGUUGGCAGAGAUGUUGCGUGAUCUCGGUUCCGAUCCGGAGGUCGUGUUCCCGUACGCGGAGCUGCAAAAGGAGCUGAAGCAGUAUGCACGUUUCGGGUGUGGUAUGGGCAUUGAAUCGAUACCGUUUUCGUUGCUGGACGAGUCGGAAGUGCCGGAUCUGGAUAAGAUCAAGGGUGAGGAAGCGAUUCCGAUCGAAACGAUUUGGAUACUGCGCCCUAUUGCAAGCCAGGCGGGAAGGCGCCGAUUAACGGACAUGUUCCGUCACGCUACCGAUAUGGGGUAUUUGGAUUGA